AUGGCUCUGAGUCUCAAUUCCAUGAUGACCUUCCCAUCUCACAAACUCCCUUCUAAGUCCCACAAUCUCAGAUCUCCAAAAAUCUUCAUGGCCUCCACUCUUCACUCCUCCCCUAAAGAGACCGAGAAUCUGAAGAAGACUUAUUGCCCUCCACGUGAGACACAUGUUCAAGUGACUCAUUCAAUGCCUCCUGAACAGAUUGAGAUCUUCACAUCAUUAGAAGAUUGGGCUGAGAAUAACAUCUUGGUGCACCUAAAGCCUGUUGAGAAGUGCUGGCAACCACAAGAUUUUCUUCCACUCCCUGAGUCAGAUGGAUUCUAUGAGCAAGUUAAGGAGCUGAGGGAAAGAGCAAAGGAAAUUCCUGAUGAUUAUUUUGUUGUGUUGGUUGGAGAUAUGAUCACCGAAGAAGCCCUACCAACAUACCAGACAAUGCUUAAUACCUUAGAUGGAGUUCGGGAUGAGACUGGUGCAAGCCUUACUUCCUGGGCAGUAUGGACCAGGGCCUGGACUGCCGAAGAGAAUAGGCAUGGUGACCUUCUUCACAAGUAUCUUUAUCUCUCAGGAAGAGUAGAUAUGAGACAAAUCGAGAAGACAAUUCAGUAUCUUAUUGGAUCAGGAAUGGAUCCUAAAACAGAAAACAAUCCCUACCUUGGGUUCAUAUAUACUUCAUUUCAAGAGAGGGCAACAUUCAUCUCCCAUGGGAACACAGCCAGGCAAGCCAAAGAGCACGGGGACCUGAAAUUGGCUCAGAUAUGUGGUACCAUUGCCUCAGAUGAAAAACGCCAUGAAACUGCCUAUACAAAAAUUGUGGAAAAGCUCUUUGAGAUUGAUCCAGAUGGCACUGUCUUGGCUUUAGCUGACAUGAUGAAGAAAAAAAUAUCAAUGCCAGCCCAUUUGAUGUACGAUGGCCAAGAUGAUAAUCUUUUUGAACAUUUCUCGGCUGUUGCCCAGCGGCUUGAAGUGUAUACUGCUAGGGAUUAUGCAGAUAUUUUGGAGUUUUUGGUUGGAAGAUGGAACAUAGAGAAGUUGAUGGGUCUUUCUGGCGAGGGACGUAGAGCACAAGAUUUCGUGUGUGGAUUGCCGCCAAGAAUUAGAAGGUUGGAGGAGAGGGCUCAGGGAAGGGCGAAGCAAGCAUCCACUGUUCCAUUCAGCUGGAUUUUUGGUAGAGAUAUAAAGGUAUAA